GGAGGUGCUGGAAAAGUUCCUUUCUUCUUUUUUUGGGUUUUCCCUGCCCUUGAACAAAAAAAAAAGAAAACUAUAAGUUUCCCAUUAAAAAGGCAGAAGGAAAAGAAUUCUGAGUGAAGGAAUGCAUAGAACAGAGCUGUGUGGGGAAGUGAAAAGCAGCAGGGGUGUGGGGAUUCUAGGAUUUGCUAGAGGAAUCCCCCCUGUCUGCGUGCCUGUAUAUAUUUUUACUUCUUCAGCAUAUAUAGUAACUUGUUUCCAUUCCUCCUCUUCACUUUCCCCAUCCCCUCGUUCUGAGCCUCGUUUGUCUCUCCACUAAUCCACUUUAGCUGAAUCCCCUGGCACUGGUCUUCUUCUUUCUUUAUAUGUGUUCUAGCCUUUAUUAUUUAAUCCAUAACUUCCUAUCAUUCUCUUUCUUCCUCUCAAUUAAAUCCUUCUUUCCUUUAAUUUUACUGUUUAGUGCUACCUUAAAGUUUCAUUUUGUACUUUAAUAACUUCUCCCACUGAACUUUACCCUCCAUUCUCCUCUUACUCUUUUUCUGCAUCUUUUCAAAUCCAUCCAUUUUUUUUUUUACAUAUUUUCUUUACUGACCACGUCUCUGUCCCCAUGGGGGCUGCAGUAUGUCAGGAUGGUGAGCUGGAUUUUCGUCUGAUUUUUGGUGAAGAAGAUUCUGAGACCACUUAUCCAAGAGGCACCCUGCACGCAAAUGCAGAUCAAGAAUCUGAUGAGCCUUCCUUAAGCCAUGACAUUACCUCUGACUCUACAGUAACCCUUAAUGCUGGAGGAGAUGGAGGGGGACUUGGAUGUAUAUCUAGGGCUGGCAUGCACUCUCCACCUCCAAGACGCGCCUCUGAACAAGAUCUCAAUGGGACAUAUGUCAGCCAGCCAUCACGUUUUAUUCCUCUAGGGGGGUCACGUUUUAUAGAGUGUCCCAGUAUACGCAUUACUAGUGACUCCCCAGGAAACAGUGAUGGGGAAUCAGAGGAGCAAGGCAGGAGAGACAUUUGGGAUGAUAGACCCCCUCGGGAUCAGCUUUUCCUUCCUCCAGAUCCAUUUGGUUACCGUGAAUCCUUCUUGAGCCCAAGUCCAGCAAGUAGCCAUUCUUCAUGGAGUUUUUUGUCCUCUGAAGCCUCAUCUUGUGAUUCUCUGGGACAGAUGUGUGAGGAGGUUGAGAGAGAACUAAAUGAGGCUGCCUCACGUUUCACUUUGGCUUCUCCACUUGGAUCUCCAAGGGGUUCUCCAAAACCAUGGGGUGGGCAAAGUGAUGAUUUUUGGUCAAUAGGUUCUGUUUCAGGACCCUCACCUACACCACGAGAAGAGUUGCUCUUGCCAUACCCACAUGCCCAGGUGUCCAGACCUACAUCUCCCUGUGGAAAAAGGAGAUAUUCAAAUUCUAAUGAAGAGGUUAUGCAACUAACUGGGUCUACUUCGCCAGCCCACUCUCGAAGGGGCAGUGUUGGUGAAGAUAAUAAUGCAAUAGAAAGAGAUGUUUCGCCUAAGCCUUGUGAUAACCAGCAACCAAUGCCAACCCCAUCUACUGAGAGAGGAGAUAACAUCCCACAAAAGGCCAGGAGAACCUCAGCAGAACAGACUGUGGCCCCAGUUAGACCUGAGGAAUCUACAAGUCCUGUAAAAUCCUCUCCUCCAGGAACAUUGUUAUCCGAGGAGGCCACUGGUGUCUUCCAUCAAAACAGGAAAGAAAAUGCAGGAAUGGAUUAUCUAGCUGUUCCUUCAGCUUUGGCAUGGUCAAAAGCUAGGGUUGGAGGGCAAAGUCCAAUAUUCAGGUCCUCCUCUCUUCCCCCUUUGGAUUGGCCUCUGCCUAGCCAAUUUGAAGGUUUGGAGCUGAGGGUAGAGAUGCAACCACGAACCCAUCACCGCGCUCAUUAUGAAACAGAGGGAAGUAGGGGAGCUGUGAAGGCUUCUCCAGGGGGACAUCCCGUAGUUAAGCUCUCAGGAUAUCACGAGAAACCAAUUACGCUUCAAAUGUUUAUUGGCACGUCAGAUGAACGCAACCUCAGACCCCAUGCAUUUUACCAGGUUCACAGAAUCACUGGUAAAAUGGUGGCAACGCCAAGUUACGAAGCUCUGGUGGGAAGUACCAAAGUACUAGAGAUGUCGCUUCUCCCUGAGAACAACAUGUGUGCCAAUAUAGACUGUGCUGGUAUCCUGAAGCUUCGAAAUUCUGACAUUGAGCUUAGAAAAGGGGAAACAGACAUCGGUCGGAAGAACACCCGGGUCAAACUUGUGUUUCGGGUACAUGUUCCACAAGGAGCUGGCAAAGGAAUUUCAUUGCAGGUGGCCUCCAUACCUAUAGAAUGCUCCCAGCGCUCAGCCCAGGAGCUCCCCCAGGUGGAGAACUACAGUCUUAGUGCAUGCUCAGUGAAUGGCCGGGAAGAACUGUUGAUCUGUGGCUCCAACUUUCUUUCUGACUCUAAGGUUAACUUCCUAGAAAAAGGUCCAGAUGGAAAGUUACAAUGGGAAGAAGAAGCAAAGGUUAACAGACUAAAGAGCAAUGAGUCCUUGUUGUCCGUGCAAGUUCCGGAAUACUGUAAUAAGGAGAUAACACGACCUUUGCAAGUCUAUUUUUACAUCUCUAAUGGGCGCAGGAAGAGGAGUCCCAUGCAGAGUUUUCGAUACUUACCCAUUAUUUUUAAGGCAGAGACAUUGCCGGAAUUAGCUCUACACAGGUUCCCCUCUUCCUCUCUGACUAAUUCAUGUCACCUUUCAGUAGAUUCAGGGCAGAUGGAACUUAGCACUUCCUUUUUGCCUCCAUUGCAAUCUAACUUGGGGGAUACCCCUAUGGAGGUCUCACCAUAUUACACAUCUCCACAUUCAGAGCAUUUUUAUCCAGGUGACUCAGACUGUGCAGUUGGCAGCAGCUCUUUCAUGGGAUGCUAUUUUGAUCCUCCGGUACCUACAGAUUUUAAAUGUCCUCCAUCAUAUCCUGAGAAUGGGUGUGAUGUGUCACUGUCAUUGCCUUUCCACUCUAACUCCAAUCCUGCUCUCCCUCCCAGUCCUGUUCCUUGGUCUCCACAACCCUGUUCAUCCCAUUCUGCAUGUGGCUCUACAUUUGGGGGUCCUUUGUUACCCCACUUAACUCAACCCAGCAAAUUGAAUGAAAGACUUGCUGUGUCACAGGAAGAUUACUCAGCCUCUCCAAACCUUCCAGCCUUAGAAUUUGAUACCACUGCCCAUCCUUUCUCAUCCACUUAUCAACCCUUUACAGCCUGUGCCCCUCCGUCUUAUACCACUUUGGGUGAUGGGGAGAGGUUGGGCCCAACACAAACUGUUGAGUCUUCUACUAUUCCAAUAGUGAGCAGAGUAGAUCAGUGCACUCCAGUCCAACAGUUUCCUUCAAACUCUAUCCCAGAUCACCAAACCAAUCACUUAAAUUUACAGGUACAGAAAGGCAGAGCAGUAGUUCAGACAGUAUUUGCAGCUGCAUCUCCAGGUUUGCCCCCGUCAGAAGAGGCAUCUCCACCCCAAGCAUUUGCUCCUACUUUCCAUAACUUAUCCUCUUGUCGAGCUUCUUCACUCACUUCCCUCUGUCCCUCUUCACAUCCUUCUCCCUUCUCAUCCCCUUCAUCCCCUUCUAUAUCCAUCAAUCCUAAUCAAAGUUCAGAGCUGAAUCGAGAUGGUACUCAUGCCUUAUCUCCAAACAAGAAAGAGGGUGAUGCCUGUUUCAACCAGCUUUCCAAAGAUUACCCAAAGUCAACAAACAGCACAGAAAAAGACAAGGCAAAAGAGGAUGGGCAAGAGUUUGAAAGAACAUUUCAUCCCAUACCUAUCCAGGGGAUCACACUGGAAGAAGUGAGUGAGUUUAUAGGCGAAGAUCUGCACAGUUUUCCAGAGCCGCAUCAAGAGGAAUAAUGCACGGUGGCACCAAACAAUACCCCAAAUGGUCUUGGCCUUCUCAAGCUACUCAGUCAAAGGAAGGACUGUUUACCGUCAUCAACCUUUCCAGAAAAUAAAUCUACCCUUGGCAGGAAAACCUUCUAUAUUCUUUUUGAAUUGUCUAUUAAUUCUUCCAUGCCCCUAAUGCUUAAUAUUCUGCUGUAGCAUAUUUAAAAGCAGUAUAACUUUUGCAUUUCGCAUGAGUUUGCAGUAUUCACAUUUUUGCUCCAAAAUAUUCUGUUUCUUUACAGCAGAACAUUGUUGGAAGGGACAUGAGAGUGCUCCAUAUAUUCAUGAAUAUGCAAAGAUUUGGUCUUCUGCAUCUUUCACUUAACCUGUACCCAUUCACAAACUAGUCGGAAGACCUCAUUCUUUGAGUGUACUGACUUUGUGGGCAACUGAUUCUUGAAGCAUAAACCAAUGCAACUAUAUACAUCUGUUUUACAUUUAUGCCUAUUGCUGGGUCUGUUACCAUAACAGUUCUUUGAUAUAGCUCCUCCUGUGCAUGAGGAUUCUCUUUUAGUUAAUACAGAGCUGGGAUAGCUCUGAACCAUUAUGAAUACAUGGGAAUGAUUUUGACAGCAGUAUAAUUUCUGCAAUAGAAAGGAAUAUGCAAUAAAUGAUUUAUGCAGCAGCUUAGGCAGUCGUAGAACUUCAAGUCCCAUUGUCAUUAAUCAGAAUCCAGUUGUACGGAUGUCUAUCCAGUUCUACGGAUGUACAGAGAAGCACAUGUUCACCAAAUGUGGAUUAUUAUGUAUAUUUAUAUAUAUAUAUAUAUGUGUGUGUGUAUUAUUUGUAUUUUUAUAUAUGCCAGUUUGGCCUUUUGUAUGUCUAUAUUUUGCAAUGGAUUGAUUAAAAAGAUGGUAAGA